AUGGCCUUUCUAGUUUUGACUUCCGAAAUCUCUGCUCCUUUCGUUAUUGCCAGCGUUUCCCCAGUGUCUCCUCCUACCAGCAGAGCUAACAGCACUGUAGCUGUCCAGAAAAACUGA